AUGGCGGAGAGCAAUUCCUUUGUGUAUUUGGUGAACAAUAUGGAAGAAAAGAAAAGGGAGAGGCUGGCAAACAACUAUCAAAAGAAUACUUCUGCAAGAAAUUUGAGAAGAUUUUGGUGUAUAGAGGAAGAAAACAACUUUGUAAAGAGCAUUGCAAUGAUGGCCGAUCUUGUAAUUGGUGCUACUGUUAAAGUUGAACUACAAGAAAAAUCACAGAAUGCUGACAAAAUAUGUAUCCAUGAUCAAGAUCUCAUUCAUGAUGCUGAAAAACGACAAGUUGAUGAUCAGGCUGUUGAACAAUGGCUCAAGAUGCUUGAGAGAGCUGCUGAAGAUGCUGAAAACGUGUUUGAUGAAUUCAGAUAUGAAUCUCUCAAAGCACAUGUGAUGAACAUCCGAACCAAACUAAUGGAAAAGGUCAGCAACUUCUUUUCUCAUACUGCUUAUAAGUACAAAAUGUCUCGAAAAAUCAACAACAUCAAUGAAGAGUUGAGGGCUAUCAAUCAGUUAGCCAAUGACCUUGGUCUCAAAUCACUGAUGGUUCCUUCUCGGAAAAUACUUCCGAUUCGAGAAACAGAUUCCGUAGUUGUUGCUUCGGAUGUUGUUGGUAGAGACAAAGAUGUUGCUGAAAUAAAAGAGAAGAUUUUGAACAUGAGAAAUGAUGUUGUUCUGUGCACCAUUCCCAUAGUGGGUAUGGGGGGUUUAGGGAAAACAACUGUGGCUAAGAGAAUUUUCAAUGACCAACACAUCAAGCAGCAGUUCGAAAAGAGAGUUUGGUUGUGCCUACCUGAAAUGUCAGAAACUAAGAGCUUUCUUGAAUUGAUCCUCGAAUCACUGACAAAGAGGAAAGGUGAGGUCCAAAGCAGAGAUAUAAUAGUCAAGACGCUACAAGAUGCACUGGGACAAAAAAAGUAUUUGCUUGUCCUGGAUGAUUUGUGGUGUGUUGACUCUACAUCGUGGCAUGAGUUCAUGGACACCUUGAAAGGAAUCAAUACAUCCAGAGGAAUCUGCAUUCUCGUGACUACUCGUAUCAAACAAGUGGCAUCCACAAUAGCAGUAGAUCUUCAUAUGUUGGGGAAAUUAACAGACUAUCAUUGUUGGUCCAUUUUCAAACAAAGAGCGUUUGUUGGUGGGGAAGUUCUGGAGGAAAUACUGAGCAUGGAAAACAAGAUUGUUGAAAUGUGUCAAGGUCUACCGUUGGCUGCAAGUGUGUUGGGAGGCCUCUUAUUCAACAAGGAUAAACAUGACUGGCAAGCAAUUCUUGAUGGCAACCCCCUUGUUGUAGGGGAAGAUGAUCUUCGGGAAAAUAGCAUAAAGAAGAUCCUAAAACUAAGCUAUGAUUAUCUAUCAUCUCCACAUCUGAAGAAAUGUUUUGGUUACUUUGCAAUGUUUCCAAAAGAUUUUGAGUUUGAGAAGGACCAACUAAUCCAACUCUGGAUGGCUGAAGGGUUUCUUUGUCCAUGUCAAGAGACCACUGUGAUGGAAGACGUCGGGAACAAGUUUUUCCAACUCUUGUUGCAAUAUUCUUUGUCGCAAGAUGUUAAGCUAGAUGAGCUCAACAAUAUAACACUGUAA